GAUUGGUUUAUAAACAUGAUGUCAGGUCUAAAAAUAUUGCCAGAACUAUAAAAGCGAAACCGCGCGCCGGCGACGCGUUAUUUGGCUCGUGGUUCGCGUUGAAGUUUGUUGGAGGCGCAAACAUUUUGUGUCAACCGGACCCGAACCCCAAGUAUCCCAAAAAGUUCCGCUCUGUUACUCGGCAACUGGAUACCUUGUACAAUCUGGUUGACUCGCUUGUGAGAUGCUCAACUCUUGGACUGUGACGGGGAUGGCGAAGAAUCACUACAGCGUCAGCAUUGUCUACAGGGACACCACCCAGGCAGACUAUGAGGUCGGCGCCGACACCUACCAGCCUCCGUCUCGGAACGCCAGCACCGGCAGCUCUCAUCCAGACAGUCUUCUGGACACAGGUGAAUCCUUUUUCUUCGAUGACCUGUGCAAGCCGUUCACAGACGGCGGCAGCCUAAAAGAUGGUGCGCCUAACCUGAUGCUGGACGACGUCUUUCCUUCUUUCGAUCUUCAAAUGGGUCCCCGUGUGCCAGACCCGUCCGAGCGGAUGUUCAGCCUCCCUGCCGUCAAAGUCCUACCGGCCCUGCACAGGGCGUCUGCCGAGCCCAGCAGCCUCAGUCAGGAGUUCUCGCCUGUCGGCAUGGACAUGUGGGACCAGAACGAGACCUUCCAGGACCUCUCUGGCCUCAUCGAAGAGGAAAAGUGCCAGACGCCAGCGGCUACGCCCAGUCCCCUGCACUACCUCGUGCCUUCGGAAGACGGGCAUCAGCGUAGCAACCACAGCCAGAGCUGGGAUCAGCGUCCCCAGCCGGCACCGGUAAAGCGAUCCUACGAGGCACCGGCCUGCGAGGCCGGUCCCUCUCACGUGGACAUGGUACCGUCGCCAAAGAUGCUGAAGGUCGACGAGGACUGCAAUGGCCGGUAUUCCGAGAUGAGGGUCAAGAACAACAUGGCCUCGCGCCGGUCCCGUAUGACCCGCAAGGAGAAGGAGCAGGAGAUGGAGAAGCGGGCCUCGGAGCUGGAGCAGGAGAACGAGGCGCUGCGCAUCAAGGUGAAGAACCUGGAGGAGGUUACGGACAGGCUUAAGCAGCACCUCAUAAACUCCAUCGUGAAGAAGUGAGCGCUGGACGCCCCUUCCGUAUCAACCUCAUCCCUUGUGCUCUCAUCUCGACGGACUGCCGCCAGGCGGCAAAGCCGUGACGUGCAAACUGCCAAUGGACAAAUCCUCCAGACUUGGGAAGUCAGUCUAGAAAAAGUCAAUCCCAAGUCUAACUGCUCCUCCCAACCCCCCCCUCCCCCCUUUUUUUUUCUUAAUUUUUUUAAUGUUUUUAUGCAGUUCUUUUAUUGUUUGACACUCAAAUAGACUGUGCUGCUGCGAAAAGGCAACAUGUGAUGUGCUGUUCCGUCCCAAUCCAUUUUAAUCUUAGGCCCGCGAUUGUUCUUCACAUGUGUGUUCAGGCCUUUCUACUUUUAAUGUUGGGAUGCGCUUCACCACUGUGCUUUUCUCCUGUGUAGCACAAAUCUAUUGAUGUGACAGAUGAGCCCUUUCUAAUUUGAAUUAUUUAUUUGAUAGAAGCAAGGAACUCUGUUAUGAUGUCAUUAGACGGUGGAAGAGGGCAGUUUAGCCGACUUACUGAUUUGAGUAAGUAAAAGGACAGACAAACACAAAAGUCUCAACGUGCCUCUUUCAUUGGAAAACAGUUUGGUUGCAACUCCUUGAUGAGACAGCGAUAUAUGUUCAGAAAAUAUUUUAGAUGAAGCUCUACAUGCUUAGUCUGUGCGAGUAGAGUGAGCAAAUUAUUGCCCCUGUACAUACACCCAUCACCAAGUCAUCUUUGUGUGUGUCCCGUAUAGACUGCUGGGCAGCUAUGCUUGUGCCUUACCAGUGUGUAGAUAUUUUUAUAACAUCAGAGUGCAAUUUCUUUCAUUUUUUUAAUGUUUCUUUGAGUGUGUGCGUGUGUGUGUUGGUUUUGUACAUAGCUGUACAAUAAAAAUACAUUGUUACAA